AUGUCAAUCAUAAUAUCAGUAUUAAAGAAUCAAUAUUUAUUUAAAAAGAUUAUAAAUUAUCAAAGAGAUGAAUAUAAAUUUUUAGAUGUAUCAAUAUCAAAAAAUAUCAAGACACAUUAUCGAUAUGAUCAAAUAUUAUUAGAUUUGGUUUGGGUUAUUAAAAACAAACAUUGGAAUCUUUUAAGAUUUAUAUUACAAUCACCUCUAGAAAGAUCAAAAGUAUCAUUUAAAGAUUUAUUCUUUCCACAAAACAAACUCAUAUUAUCAAUGACAAGUAUUGAUAAUUUAGAAAUCAUCAAUCUAUUAUUAUCAACCUAUCAAUUACAAUUUAUUGAUUAUUUUACCUUUAAUAAUAAUAAUAACAAUAAUAUUAAAAGACCAUUAAAAAUAAUAUCAGAUUAUUUUUUAAAUUUAAUAUCAAAUCAUGGAAAUUUGGAAAUUUGGAAUUCAUUUAUCAAUUUUUUUAACUAUAAAUAA